GGAAAGAAAUAACGACGACCGGUUCUCCGUGAAAUAGUAUUUUUCCGUUUUAUGCUCAUCGCUCGGAGACGGCAGCAUUUUUUCCGUCUAUUAUAUUCCAAAAGGGUAGUCGAACAACGAUGAGCUUCCAAGCGGCACGUAAGACGGUCACCGGUAUCGCCGUCGAGGUCGCGUAUAGCGUUAUACGUGCGCGAAAGGAAAAUCGUCCCGGAACGAGAGUGGGUUUUUUAGUGGGGAAUACUAUCUCGUCUCCGCGCUGACACACAUACCUGACCCGGUUGUUAGCCCGGAACAAGAACGGCGGCCGUUGUAAUUCUACCGGACUCGUCACAGUUAGUUCCUACCACGAGAGACGAGUUCAAGGCGGUUUUUCAUCCAGCGUGUAUCUUGCUAGACGUGUUUCUUCGCCGGAAUAUAGUACCAAAGUUUUUUUAAAUUGGUCAGCAAUUUAUAUAAAAAUGCGACUAUCAGUCGUAUUCGAAUUGCUGUUGAUCUUUUUGAUCAUAGCUUUUGCGGCCUACGGUAGAGUAGUUCCGGAAAAAAAAGAUGUGUGGAAUAUUGGAUUAAAUAAUGUUAAAGAUCAUUUAAAAGCAAUGGGUCGAGCUAGACAAGCUACUCCUCAAGCAGCUCCUCCCAACCGAUAUUGCGCUUGUUCCAAUCUUAUGUGUAAUUGUUGCAGAGAUUUUUCAUUGCCAGUAGUUCCUAUUAAAGGACCAGGUUGUGCAUCAUUGAAAUAUUUAAAAGGCGAUCAGAUGAUGGUAACGAUGAGCUUUGGGGACAAGGUUUUACGUAACACGACCAUAUCUGGAAAGAAACCAAAACCCGUGUGCAUGUCUCUACCUGGGGGUAUAUCAAAAUUCUGUGGUCGGGUGUAUGGUAUCUCAAAGGAAGGUGACCAGUUCAAAGCAUGUUUGGGGCUUGAGCUUAGAGCUCUCGACGACGUCGAAGCCGCAUUGAGGGUGUCAUGUUUCCGGUUUGGACCACAAGGAAUGAAAGUAGAACCAGCACAACCACUGCCAGCAUCGCAGACACUUCAAGGAGAGGAUGAAGAUGACGAGGAUGACGAUGACGACGACGAUGACGACGAUUAUGGUCUUGGAGGUGGUGAUGACGAGGAAGAGGAGGACGACGACACAGUGGAUGAGGACUCGGAAAACGACGUGGAAUCCACCGGUGAUUAUACUGGUUUCAGUGCGCUAAGCACAGAUUUCCUAGAUAGCCUUUUCGGCGGAGGCGGUGGUGAGGAAGAUGAGGCAGAUACAAAUGUCAAACCGACCGCCAAACCCUCUGCGGUUACUGUAAAAUCAAAAAUAACUACACCAUCACAGUUGACAAGUCAACAGGUGACAAGCGAGAAACAGACGAGCGCUGAAUCAGUGACGUCUACUUCGUACACGGUGAGUGUCGUCCAAGAACCGGUAUCGUCGUCUUCUGAAGUCAUUUCCGAAGUGAGACCAACUGCUGCUUCACCACUCGACGACAAUCCUACUGAUCGCGUAGAGACUGUGCCUACACCAACGACGAAUAAGGACAAGGACUACGAGGACGACGAUGACGAGGACGAGGACGAAGACGACGGUGACAUCGUGUCGGACAUCAUCGAAACGGCUGCAAGCGCUGUAGGCAUGUCGGAUUCUGAAAAGAACUCGACAGUUGCCACGACCAAGUCGGCUGACAAACAAGCUACCACCGAGGCAGCUGCAGUGUCGGCGGCUGCGUCUUCGACCGUCGGUAGCGUACCGGCCGGCAAGGACUACGAUGACGAUGAUGACGAUGACGAUGAUGACGACAGUUACAGCAGGCGUUUCAAGCACAUGCCUGUGGCUAUUGUGCCCAAUGAUAGGAGAGGUAGGACACACAGAAGGAUGAGAUUGUCCUCGUCAGACGACGAGUCGACGAUACAUUUCAUGAAGAAAGUAUAGAAAUCGCUGCUCACAAAUCGGCUGUCCAAGAACAUAACACAGUAACUACGUUUGACAACAUUUUACAGGAGAGCAAGAUAAGUAAUUACCAAAUAGAGUAUCACUCUAUGGUAAAAACAUCAAUUUUGAUAAGAGUGUCAGAUACUGUGUUGUUUUUGGACAGCCGAAAUAACGUGAAUUACUCACGUUUCAUUGUUCGUUAAGUUGUACAUAAUAAUAUAAUAUAUAUUAUAUACUAUAUAACUUAUUAUUAAUUUAUUAAUUUAUUAUUCGAUGAAAUCAUAUCGUGAAAAAAAUAUAAUAUUUAUUAUAAUAUGUUUAAUGUUUAUUUAUGUUUCGAGUGUUGUAUGUCGAUUAUACAUAUUAAUGACAUUAUAUUUUUGCUUUUUUUUUGGAUAAUAAUUUCCUGUAGCUCAUAAUAACAUUAUACUGAAUGUGUUUUCGUUAUUUUGUGCAAAUAAAACCAAAUAAACUGCAGAACAAUA